UUGUCACAAAUAGUCAACAAAAUGCUUGCGCUAGCACCACCCUUGCUUGUGGUUUUCCUUGUAUUCAUUAAUGCCGCAGUUUUCAUCCCCCAUCCGGUCUCAGCGGAUCUCAAACUCGGGUUUUACCAAUCCACUUGCCCGCAGGCCGAAACCAUCGUCCGCCAACUUGUCCAGAAAAGAUUCAACACCAAUAAAUCCGUCACCGCUGCCCUUCUUCGCAUGCACUUCCACGACUGUUUCAUCAAAGGUUGUGAUGCAUCAAUUCUAAUCGACUCGACGAGCCAAAAGCAGUCGGAGAAAGCAGCGGGCCCCAACUUCACGGUCCGAGAGUUCGACCUCAUCGACCAAAUCAAGACGGCUCUCGAGGCCGCAUGCCCCUCACGCGUCUCUUGCGCCGACGUCAUCGCGCUCGCCACCCGAGACGCCGUCGCCCUCGCCGGCGGCCCCAACUACCCUCUCCCGACGGGAAGGCUCGACAGCUUGACCUCCGACGUCAACGACGUCAACCUCCCGGGCCCAACGAUGCCCGUCUCCCUGGCCUUCAUCCAAUUCUUCGAGCCCAAGGGCUUCACAAUCAGCGAGAUGGUCACCCUCCUGGGGGCCCACACGGUAGGUGUGGCCCACUGCGCGUUCUUCCAGGACCGGAUCUCUAACUUCCAAGGUUCCGGGAAACCCGACCCGGCCAUGGACCCGGCCCUGGCCGGGAGUCUCCGGAAGACCUGCUCCGCGAGCAACAACCCGGCCGCGUUUCUGGACCAGAACACGUCGUUCGCCGUCGACGCGUCGUUCUACAGGGAGUUGACUGUGAAGAGGGGAGUGAUGCAGAUUGAUCAGGAGCUGGCCACCGACCCGUCCACGUCGAAGAUGGUAUCGAGUCUCGCGAGGAACGAGUCGGGUUUCCGGCAGAGCUUUGCGGCGGCGAUGGUGAAGAUGGGGAGCCUCGUGGGGAAGGGCGGCGAAGUCAGGAAGAGCUGUCGCGUGUUUAAUCCCAAGAGCCCCGUUGGAGGUGGUGCACGGCCGCCGGUUGCGAGUCCUCGCCCUCCGGUUGUCAAACCCCGUCCGCCGGUCCAGCCAAGUCCUCAUGGGCCGGUUGUGAGCCCUCGUCCGCCAGUUUCUAAACCUCGUUCCCCGGUGGUGAGCCGUGGUGCGUCGCCGCCUAAGAGCGGUGGCAAGAAGAAUGUGCCCAAGAAGACACAUAAGAAAAGUUCAUCUCCACGUAGGAAAGGGAGCAAGAAGCCCGCAAAUGGACACCACUCACACCAGAAAAAGAAACCCAGAAAGGGUCACUAA